GGCCUGGCGACGGAACACUGGGGGACUGGCAGAGACGUUUCUUCAGUGUGUGUGUCGUCGGGCAUGUGCGCGAUUGUUCUCUGCGCGUGACACCCUGUGAGUCCCCGUGCCAUGGCGUGUUGCUGAACGAGACCAGCACCUCUCGCAGGAUGCUGCGCGGACUCAUCGCCUGCGCGCUCGUCGCGUCUCUGGCGCACUGCGCGACGGCGACGAACUCGUCCCCCGCGAGCGUCGAGCCCGCGACCACCGGCACGGACCCGGACACGACUUCCGAGUCGUACCCGUCCAGCGCGACGACCCUGGCGCACCGCACGACGGUUACGACCUCGUCCCCCACGAGCGUCGAGCCCAAGACCACCGGCACGGACCCGGACACGACUUCCGAGUCGUACCCGUCCAGCGCGACGACCCUGGCGCACCGCGCGACGGCGACGACCUCGUCCCCCACGAGCGUCGAGCCCAAGACCACCGGCACGGACCCGGACACGACUUCCGAGUCGUACCCGUCCAGUGCGACGACCCUGGCGCACCGCGCGACGGCGACGACCUCGUCCCCCAUGAGCGUCGAGCCCAAGACCACCGGCACGGACCCGGACACGACUUCCGAGUCGUACCCGUCCAGUGCGACGACCCUGGCGCCCGACGUCGAAACCACAACGGAGGCCUGCGGAGUUCCAGGCAAUGUAACGGACCUGCAAGUGAGCGCUAGUUCUUCCAGCCUGCUCGUGAACUGGACCUCGCCGUCAGAGAAUACGGCCUGUGUGGAACAGUACUCGGUGUGCUGGGGCAGUGACGAGUGCAACAGUACCAAGGACACUCACUGGAUGAUAGACAACCUGUCAGCGUGCACAGAGUACAGCAUAUCCGUGACAGCGGUCGGGGCGGCGGGGAACUCCACAGUCUCCAUCCUGAGUGAUACUUUGGCAGCAGUUCCAGGCAAUGUCACGGACCUGCAAGUGAGCGCUAGUUCUUCCAGCCUGCUCGUGAACUGGACCUCGCCGUCAGAGAACACGGCCUGUGUGCAACAGUACUCGGUGUGCUGGGGCAGUGACGAGUGCAACAGUACCAAGGACACUCACUGGAUGAUAGACAACCUGUCAGCGUGCACAGAGUACGGCAUAUCCGUGACAGCGGUCGGGGCGGCAGGGAACUCCACCGUCUCCUUCCCCAACUACACUCUAGCGGCUGUUCCAGGCAAUGUCACGGACCUGCAAGUGAACGCUAGUUCUUCCAGCCUGCACGUGAUCUGGACCGCGCCGUCAGAGAACACGGCCUGUGUGGAACAGUACUGGGUGUGCUGGGGCAGUGACGAGUGCAACAGUACCAAGGAUACUGAAUACACAAUUAUCGGGUUGUCGGCCUGCACGGAGUACAGUGUAUCCGUCACGGCGGUCGGAGCAGCAGGGAACUCCACUACCGCCAAGCACGGCCGCACUCUAGCAGCUGUUCCAGGUAAUGUCACGGACCUGCAAGUGAACGCUAGUUCUUCCUGCCUGCUCGUGAACUGGACCUCGCCGUCAGAGAACACGGCCUGUGUGGAACAGUACUCGGUGUGCUGGGGCAGUGACGAGUGCAACAGUACCAAGGACACUCACUGGAUGAUAGACAACCUGUCAGCGUGCACAGAGCUCAACAUAUCCGUGACAGCAUACGGGGCGGCAGGGAACUCCACUUCCUCCGUCCAAGGCAGCACUGAUGUUGCAGUUCCAGGCAAUGUCACGGACCUGCAAGUGACCGCUAGUUCUUCCAGCCUGCUCGUGAACUGGACCUCGCCGUCAGAGAACACGGCCUGUGUGCAACAGUACUCGGUGUGCUGGGGCAGCGACGAGUGCAACAGUACCAGUGACACUCACUGGAUGAUAGACAACCUGUCAGCGUGCACGGAGUACAGCAUAUCCGUGACAGCGGUCGGGGCGGCGGGGAACUCCACCGUCUCCGUCCUGAGUGACACUCUGACGGCAGUUCCUGGCACCGUCAAGAACCUGCAAGUGAACGCUAGUUAUUCCAGCCUGCUCGUGAACUGGACUGCGCCGUCAGAGAACACGGCCUGUGUGGAACAGUACUCGGUGUGCUGGGGCAGUGACGAGUGCAACAGUACCAAGGACACUCACUGGAUGAUAGACAACCUGUCAGCGUGCACAAGUUACAGCAUAUCCGUGACAGCGGUCGGGGCGGCGGGGAACUCGACCAUAUCCGUUCUAAGCGGCACUCUGGCGGCAGUUCCAGGCACCGUCAAGAACCUGAAAGCGACCGCUAGUUCCUCCAGCGUGCACCUGAACUGGAACUCGCCGUCAGAGAACACGGCCUGUGUGCAACAGUACUCGGUGUGCUGGGGCAGUGACGAGUGCAACAGUACCAAGGGCACUCACUGGAUGAUAGACAACCUGUCAGCGUGCACAGAGUACAGCAUAUCCGUGACAGCGGUCGGGGCGGCGGGGAACUCCACAGUCUCCAUCCUGAGUGACACUCUGACGGCAGUUCCAGGACCGGUCUGGAACCUCGGCGUCCGCCCCGACCACACGUCCCUGGAAGUGUUCUGGAGGCGGCCGUCCGUAAACGCGGCGUGCGCUCGGAACUACACGGUGUGCUGGCGCGCCGGCGCGGACGGACGCGGCGAGCGUAGCUGCAGCGUCACGGACACGGAGCAUCUGAGCGUGGGGCACCUGCUGCCGUGCACCCUGUACCAGGUUGCGGUGGCGGCCGUCGGGCCGUCGCACAGCUCGGGCAACGAGACAGUGCACGCGGAGACGCUUCCACUGGUUCCAGACGGCAUCCCGGGCGUCGCGACGGUCGCCAGCGACGCCUCGCGACUGCAGCUGGUGUGGGGAGCGCCGACGCUCAACCCUACCUGCGCGCUGCGAUACAAGGUGUGCUGGCGCGACGUGGCUGCGGGCACCACGGAGCAGCGGUGCUCCCUCUCUGCUGCCACCGGCUGCGCCUUGCAAGACCUCGAGGCCUGCUCGGCCUACAACGUCUCCGUCACGGCCGAAGGCAGCGCCGGGUCGUCUUCUCCCGUCAGCACCCUGUCUCAAACACGAGACGCCGCCCCGGGCCCGCCGCGCAACCUGACGGCCGAGGCAGUGCGGGCGCGCAACGCCACGGUGCGCUGGCUGCCGCCGGCCAGGCACGCGCGCUGCGUCGCGCGCUACCUGCUCACGUGGACGGGGCCCGCCGCCGCCUCCGCCGCCGCCUCCGCCGCCUCCGCCGCCUCCACGGGCCGCCUCAUCGCCGGCCUGCAGCCCGGGAGCCGCUACGAGCUCAGCCUGGCCGCAGUCUCCGGCGGCAACCUCACCUCCGAGCCGGUCCACCUCGUCGUCCUCACGACCAGCGAACCACAGAACACGUCAGAGGUUGUCACUGCCGUGGUGAUCAGUCUGCUGCUGUUGGGCGGCAUCGUAAUCUGCACGAUCUACACGUACCGUAAAGGAAUCCUGGUAUGGCCGCCGUGGGAGAAGUCGGGCCAGAGGAGGAAGGACGUGACGCACAGGGAGAUCUCGCUGAAGGACUUCCGCUCGUACUGCGACCAGCUGCUGAGCGCGCCGGCGCGCGUGCAGAGCGAGUACCAGCUGCUGGUGUCGCUGUGCGCCGACCUGAGCGCCACCACGCCCUCCACCGUCGGCCACCUGCCCGACAACAAGAAGAAGAACCGCUACAUCAACGUCAUCCCGUUCGAUGCAACUCGAGUGAAGUUGGAAACGAGUAACAAAGGCAUGUCGGAUUACAUCAAUGCAUCAUAUAUCAAGGGCUACUCCGGAGCGGUGGAGUACAUCGCCACGCAGGGCCCCAAGGAGGAGACGUGCGAGGACUUCUGGAACAUGGUGCUGCAGCAACACGUGCAGCUCAUCAUCAUGCUCACGCAGUUCGAGGAGAACGACAAGGUGAAAUGUUUCCGUUACUUCCCUGGCCUGAGAGGGAAUGUGAAGUUCGGGGACAUCACAGUCCACUGCGCCACGGAGAUGAUGUUCCCCAUCUACACUCAACGCACGUUCAUCAUAUACAAGGACGGCCGCAAGAAGUCCGUGAAGCACCUGCACUUCCGCGAGUGGCCGGACUUCGGCUGCCCGGACAACACGGACGUGAUGCUGGAGUUCUGCCAGGUGGGGCGGCAGAACACGGAGAGCAGGGACUGCCCCACCGUGGUGCACUGCAGCGCUGGCGUCGGCCGCACCGGCACCUACAUCGCGGUCGACGUGCUGCUCCAGCAGAUCAAGGAGAACAAGAAGGUGGACAUCUUCAACACCGUGUACAAGCUGCGCCAGCACCGCGUCAACAUGGUGCAGUCCGAGGCACAAUAUGUAUAUAUCUACCAGUGCAUUCGGGACGCCCUGGAUGAUGAAACAAUAAUGCAUCCAGAUAAAUCAUCGUCACGUGCUUCGUUGGAGCCUAUCUACGAGAAUGUAGAGAACAUAAAUUUGACGACAAACAGCACGUCGUACGAAAAACUGGCCAAGGUGAGCAUCGCUUGCAGCGACUCAGAGAGCGAGCUAUAGCAAAUCCAAGAGAAACAAGAAGAACAACAAUAAUUCUGACAUAUGAAGAAUAUGACGAAGUUCAACCUCAAAUUAGCUAUGCGGGUAUCAUAGUUUGGUCCAGCAUGCAACAGUUUUAUUGCCAAUAGAACGGUUUAAAACACAUGACAUUGGGUUCUCGGCGGUUAUCUUUCUGCUUAUCAGUGCAAAAGUGAAUUGGUGUUUUGUAAAUAGUAGGUACAUAAAACCAUGAUGUUUGUGCAAAGUUUUCAUUUUUAAAUUUGAUAUUAGAAUCUAAUAUUUAAAAAAAAACAGUAUUUACGUGAAUUAAUCGCACAAAACAACGCCCUAAUUUUAUACAACCUAUUUAGCAUAAAAUAAUAUUUUAUGUAAACAAAUGCAUGAGUCUGGACUGAAUGAAUAUUGAAAACCAGAUCUUAAGUAAACAGAUAAAUGCGUAGUGUCUAGUGUAUGUAGUGUAUGUGUGUAGUUCUAUUGGCAAUUUUUGAGCCAGUCUUCCGAAGAGAUAUGCACAAAAGACAAAGAUUAGUAUGUCUUAGCUUUUGUCUUUGAGUUUGAUGAGUAGCUUUUUAGUGGCUUUAACUGACAGAAAAAAAUUAUUUAGUUUUAAGACAUAGAGCGACUCCAUGUAGGUAUUAAAAAUGCUCGCCCAUUUAAGUAGAUGCAAGAUCUUAUGGUGAAUAGCGAUGAAACCAAAAUAUAUGUCAAUAAACCAUGUAACACCGAAAUUGAAAUUUAUACACCACUAAACACCUAAAUACUCAUCAAUAAUUCGUGAAAUGAAAAAGAAUUCAGCAAAAUUUGACUUCAAUCGCAAGAUUAUAUUAAUUAAAUUCCGAAAUUCAUUAAAUACUUUAAUUGUAAAAUGUAAUUACUAACAAAAUAUUCAGACCAAGUGGAUUGUAACUAAUAAUUAAGCCUCAAUUGAUAAUGUACAUUUACUACCUAAUUUUUAUCUUAAAGUUUGUGAUAUGUAAUUGAAAGUCACAAAUUAUUGUCUAUUUAUUUUUUGUUACGAGUAAAAUAUAGCUUGUACCAUUAUAAAAAAAAGUGCUAUUUUGUUGGAAAAAAAAGUAUUAAGCGACAUUUUACAUCUUUAACAAUAACGCCGAAAUUUUAAAUUUUAAAAACGUAAGUGAGCUAAAAAUCAAACCUUAAAAAUCUUGUAUGUACAUGUACAUAGUAAUGUUUUAGCUGUAAACAUUAAAAUUUAUAUAUUUUUAUAAAGUUUUCUUAAUGGCACGUACUUAAGUUAAAAAUGUAAUUUGUCAGAUAUUUUUUACCUGUGUGUUUUAUGUGAAGGGACAAUAAGUAGAGCGUGUGGUAAAUAAAAAUCAAAGAUUUCUUGGUAGUUAUAGUAGUGGUACGGUAUUUCAAACUGUUUUUUCUGAAGAAAUCCGUACACCAUGUUUAUCACAUAUUUGUUUCGCCUCUGUUAGUACCACCAUUUAAACUGGCUUCACAUCUACAGUGAAAAUACAAUUAAAUAUUUGGAAGUAUGUGACUAGAAAUUUGUUGUACAAUUUUGUAGGCUAAGCCUAAAAGAUGUACUAUUUUACUUUAGUUGUACUAAGUUUAUUUGUUUUGAAAUGUGUGUAAAAAUUUUGCUGGUUGAUUAAUUCCUUCACAGACAUUAAAAUCUGAACAAAC